AUGAACGGUACUCCCUCCACCGUGCCUACGGACCACCAUGCUGAAAUGCAGCGGCCACCACAAAUCUCGCAGGCGCUGCUGCAGGGCGCGCUAGAAAUCUCAGCCAUCUUCGAGAGACGUGUAACGGACCUCCGAGCAGACUACGAAAACACUAUCCGUGCCCUCGUGCAGGAGCGAGAUGCCCUACUAGCCAGGAGUAAUGCCAACACCGGUCCCGAGGUCAACGGACCGCUCAUCGAAGAGCUAGAGGCGCUCCGCAUGCAGAGCGAAAGCUGGAGGCAGGAGCGCGCACAGCUGGAGCGUACACUGGCUGACUACACAAAUGAACGCGCGAACUCGGCGCAAGAACGCACAAGGCUUGAGCAGGAGUGCGAGAAGCUGCGGCAAGCGCGGGAGGAGUUGCAGAACGAUCGCACCGCGUUACUGCAAGAAUGUGGGCGCAUACAGUCCGAGAAAGACAUCAAACUGCAGGAGAGCCAAGAGAUCAUCACCGCGAAGGAUGCAUCGAUACAGGAGCUCGAAGCGCGGGUGAGGUGGUUGGAGUCUAUGCAAGCUGCAAGUCCCUCCCAGCCACCGACCGUCCUUGAUCAAAACCAAUUUGAUCCUGUAGACAUAUUCCAGUCCCCGCUACGUCUUGAAGCAUACGCUACAAUGUCGUCUACACUUGGUACGAUGACCCCUAUCAAGUCGCCCUCCCUGGACUCGGUGCCCAUGCAGGUCGAUGACCCACCUGCUGCGGACUCGCCGCCCCGGUCGCCGACCUUCACGCUCCGCGGCGCCCAGUCGCCGUCGGUGGCGAGGUCGCCUACGAUGUUCUCCGUAACAGCGACGUCGCACUCGUCCACGACGGCGACCAGGCGUCUCGUCAUUCGCGUCCCUCCUUCUGUGGGGCCGGCGCGCAAACCCAUCAAGUCCCCAGUCUCGCCCUCCACGGCGGAGGAGCUGAGGAUGAUCGUUCACGUCCGAUCGCCAAGCCAAGACUCGUCGGAUGCAGGAUCUCCCACAAAGCCGUCGUCUGACACAUCGACGUCGUCUCCAGGCUCCGAGUCGUCCUCAAGCUCAUCAAGCGCAUCUUGACCAGCCACUUUUGCCGGAUUUGUAAAGAUGGACCUUUGUUACUCGUCGUGCUGUGCUGUUCUCUCUGUGCUCUCUGUGUCCCCAUCAAUGUUUGUAUCGACGUGCUCUCUUGUUUAAUACCACGACACUAUCCGC